UCUUUUUCUUACCUCAAACUCCUUUUCUCUCCUACAUAUUUCCGUACCUAACUCAAUUCAUUCAAGUCAUUGCAUCGCCUUGCAUUUUCACGACUUUGAAUCGAUCUACCUAUCCUUUUAUUCCUAUUCCUAAUUUUAUUCUCGUCUGUCUUUUACGUUUAAAACGCCAUGGCUUGGGUUAGCUUUGCCUUGUAAACCUUUUGCCGCCCAAUCAUUUGUUGCGAAACAAAGUUUUGAAAUCCUUCUACCGAUUAUUCCUUCUACAAGUCGCCGACGCAUUUAACUUUUAAACUAGAACCGUGUACCUCCUAAUCCUAGCCGACUCGAACUGCGCCGCUAAAUUCGAACCUCGCGCUACGAAACCUUUCGUCCCAUCUACGAACUCGUGCCGACGUCCCCGCGCCGUCUUUAGGGCGGCCGACGUCUCUCCUUCGUGAUGCGCUCGCCCGCUUUUCCCCCGAGGAGGCCUUCUCACCUCAUCCGAUACAUUUUUCCGGCCUUGCUCCUCCUUGGUGUCUUCUACUAUCUCUCUAACAAACCUCAAGAACCUCGAACACCUAACACCUAUUUAACUUCCGAUCACGAUUCCUCUAAAUCAUCUUCGUCAUUAUCCUCCCCCGCUUCAUACAACCAUGCGGCGCCCGACGUUGUUAAUCAACCUGCCAAAAACCCCUCUGCUGAUCAGAAACCCGUCCACGGGAGUUCAGACGGCGAAGAGAAGCCGGCGCACGAAUCGAAACCUGUUCAACCCGCACCGCCGAAACCCGCUACCGAUCACCCCAUUGACCACCUGAUCAAGAUCGCCGAUAAGGAUUUCGAGGACCUACUAGCUAAGGAGUCUAGUACGCUCAGCGAAGCCGCUCAAGCCUAUCGCAAACGUCGCGGACGACAUCCACCUCCAGGUUUCGAUAAGUGGUACGAGUUUGCUAAGGAAAAAAAAGCAGUCAUGGUCGAGGAUUUCUUUGACCAGAUCUAUCACGACCUAAAUCCAUUCUGGGGCUUAGAUCCUUCUAGCAUCCGUGACGAAGCAGCGGGUUACGAGAUGGUUAUCAACAUACGGAAUGGCAAUGCGAGCGCCGAGAGCGAUUGGUUUUGGACUCAGAUCUGGUUAGACAUGAUCCAUACAAUUGAACAUUUGCUUCCCGAUAUGGAUAUCGCCCUGAACGCUAUGGACGAACCACGACUUGUAGUACCAUGGGAAGAUAUUAAUGCUUACAUGAAGAAGGAGAAGCAGAGCCGGAUUCUUAGCCCAGCCAAAAGCAUCGUCAGCGAAUUCCAGAAACUGCCGCCCCCCGUCAAACGCGACGACAAGUCCGUCCACACUGUUGAUAAAGAUUGGGAAGAUACAAACCCGUACUGGUUGAUCGCCCGCCGAGGCUGUCCUCCCGACAGUCCGGCUCGCAAACAACCCACACUCAGCUCGUUCGACAACAAACCUGUCUUCUCCCCGGAGUGGGCAAACCCCCACCAAUACCAAGGAUACGUAGCCAAUUCAACGCUGUCAUCCGAAUUCUGCCAUCAGCCAGAUUUACAAGGACUCGAAGGUAUCUUCAUCCGGCCUCUGACAACAUCUGCCACCAAGGUCCUGUUCCCGAUGUUUGGAGGAAGUAAACUAGCUACCAACAAUGAGAUACUUCUUCCCGCCCCAAUGUAUUGGAAUGAGGAAGAAAGAUUUACUGGAGGAGACGACCAUGGACCAUCGUGGGAUAGCAAGAUCGGACCCGUCAUCUGGCGUGGUGUAGCUACUGGAGGUCGCAACACGGGAUCGAACUGGAAGGGCUUUCAGAGACACCGAUUCGUUGCGAUCAAUAAUGGAACCCAAUUGCAGCGAGCCGAAGAGGAUAUUGAAACACCGGUUAAUUUUGAACUACCCACCGCGACUUACAACUUGGCAGCACAAAAAGAGAAGCGGCUUGGCGCGUGGGUGUCGCAGUGGUCUGAUGUUGGCUUCACCGAUCUGUUCUGCGACCCCGAUAUUGAAGCUGAGCACAGGAAGGAUGGGCACUGUAUAUAUACGGACGAGUACUACGAGACGGUACUUGGCCAGAAGCUCGCGGUUCAAUUUUACUACAAGUAUCUUCCCGACAUUGAUGGCAACUCGUUCUCGGGACGUUACCUAGGUUUCUUAAGAAGCACGAGUCUCCCUAUAAAGAGCACGCUAUGGCGCGAGUGGCACGACAGUCGGCUAGUGGCUUGGAAGCAUUUCGUGCCGAUGGACAACCGAUUUGGCGAUUACUACGGCAUUAUGGAAUAUUUCCUCGGUUACGAGGACAGCGUGCCCGGGCACGAUGAAGUGGCUGAGAAGAUUGCGAUGGAUGGAAAAGCCUGGGCCGAGAAAGUUCUCAGGAAAGAAGACAUGCAGAUCUAUGUUCUGCGGUUGCUAUUGGAGUACGCACGAAUCGCGGAUGACCGAAGAGAAACCAUGGGCUGGGUUGACGAUUUGCUAUCGUGAAGCGGAGGUACAAAGAACGAAAGUAACUAAUCAUGAUACAUACCCUUUAGAUGACGAGCUUGAGCGUAUAGCAUCGUCGAUAUACCAAUACGAGGCUGGCGUUUGGGUGGGUUAAGGCGUCGAGAUAUUGGCAUGCCAGCAGGGAGCUGAUGAGCUUAAAGCAUACGACCAAUUGGUCCUGGGUAACCGGCGUUGGAUGGUGCAUUUAAAGGCGAACAUGAGUGUCUAAGGGGUCGCUUGCUGUAGCAAAACUUUUUUAAAAAAGUGUUUUAAUCAAAUGGAGACCAUUCUAACGCUAAAAGAUACAUCCAAUGAAACAUUUCUUCCUUUACAAUGCAUCUAAUAAAAACGCUUAAAAAGUUACGCACCGCCGAGUUGCUUAAUCCAAGUUCGGGUAUACUUACUAAAAUUAAAAAUUAAAAACUAUAAAAUCC